AUCAGCGCAUUGUCAUUUCAACUACUGAAGUUUAAUUCUCAGUGGAAUGCUCAUUGGAACAGUUACACUAUCGGCAUACCACGGGAGCUGACUACGGGGAGCCCACAGCCUAACGGCUCCUGGACGGGGUCCAUGGGUAUGCUCCACCGCAACGUGAGUCGGCUGCGUGCUACUCAAGUUCAUUGAACAAUGGCUAUAAAGGAAAGCAUUCGAAGAAGAAUAUGAGCAGCGCAAAUGGCAGGACAAGAUGUUGUAAAAGGCAGCAUAGUGCAUGUGCUUAUGAGGUUUUCCUAACGCAUCACGAGUGGAAGCUACAAAGUGCUUUAUAGCCAUCGACCCAAAUGUCCACAAAUGGUCAUCUGCAUGACUGUUCUGGCGUAAUCAUAACUCUUAAUCUGACAACGUUCUGAAAAAUCCUGCAAAAAUUGCAAAAAGAGUUAUCUCAGAAUGUAGAAAAUGCUGUUCACGCGGUUAACAACACACCAGCGAUUGUGCUGGCACAUUUAACUUCACGGUACCGCACAGAAGUCAGCGCCUGCACUAUACGCGCGCAACGUGAAGAUCCUGCAAAUCUCCGGCAUCCUUGGGGCCAGACGAAAGACCAUGCGUUCUGUUCUGCAACACGAGAUUUCAGAUUCAAUACCAGGAAAUUCACAUUGAUGGCAGUAGGCCACAUAGACACCGCUUCAUAAUAUGCCAGUGUGCGUCGGAGAAGUCCCGACUUCUAACUGCCUUCUGUCUUUAACGGUUCUUGUUCACCAUACUGCGCCUAAAGCCUAGCAUGAGCAACUGAGCAGAUUCAAUCUUCAAGAACAAGCACUGAGUGGUUCCUUCUGCGAUAUAGGAGAGCGACCUGGCUAUGGGGCCAUUCUUUCCUGCCACCGAACGUCUGGAGAUUGCGCAGCCGUCAGCCGUCUUCUACCUGGAGGAACUACGCAUCUUGGCAGGCCGAACGACAGCUCAAGAGAGCAGCGUCUUCGGAUACAUCAUGGCCUUCGACUGGAUGGUGUGGAUGUUUCUGAGCGUAGCCCUGGUGAUCGUGUCUUUGGUCACGGCUCUGUUCAAUUCAAUGCACGCGUCGAGAGAGGGACGGAGCUACUCUUUCUACGGCUUCUUUAGCGACGCCGUCUGGCAGUACCUGGAGAACCUCUUCUUCGAAGCGUCGGCGCAGGUUCCUUCGCUUGGCGGUGAGCGCCUGCUGAGCGCGGCCUGGUGGCUGGCCGCCCUUGUGCUGAUGAACGCCUUCUGUGGCCACAUGCGCGCCUGCCUCAUGAUCAAGUCUGAGGUGGAGAAGAUCGAGAGUGUGCGCCACCUGGUUAGCAGACCACACACCCUGCCUCACAUGUGGCUCGGCACCUCGUACGUCGCCAUGGUCGCCCAUUCGACCAACCCCGAGCUCCGUCAGAUUGGUCGCGUGGUGCGAGACCGGGGCACGGCCGUUCCCGCCUCCGUGCUCUACGGCCCGCCCCUGCUGCGGCGGGUGGUCCGGGGUCGCGCCGCCGUCAUCAGCGACGGCACCUCGCUCGUGUUCCGCAUCUCGUCCGUGUGCCAGUCGUACGAGGGCGCCGAGUUCUACCUGGCCCGCGAGGGACUCGUCUCCCACCCGCUGAACAGCUUCGCCCGCAAGGACAUCGACCCGGUGCUGUUCAGGGACAUCAACAAGGUAAUCCGACGCCUGGUGGAGGCCGGUCUGGUCAACUACUGGUGGAUCCGCGCCACGGGCGACGUGAGCCGCUGCGGUGGAUCGUCCGCCUCAUCGGGUCCCGAACAAGUGGCGUCCACGCUGGCCUUCGCCGAUGUUUUCGGAGUGUUCGUGCUGUGGCUUGCUUGCGCCGGAAUAUCGUGCCUCGUGUUCCUCUCCGAGCUGUGCAAGCCGCGCACCGACGAUAUGUUCAAGAAGAAGCUCACCGCCAUCGCCGCCGCGAGGGCGCGCCGCAGGCGGCAAGCACUCCGGCUACGGCGGUCGUAAACGCAGUCGCCAGACGGAGAUGUCUUUAGGCGCAGUAGUCGUCGAAAUGCGAUGACAGUAAUCGCAGGUCUCGCGUGAGCAGUUUUCCUUUCCUCUCGAUGCGACAGGCACUGAAAGGGGUCGGCGUAUAGCGGCUCUCUCAGUCAAGAAUUUAGUACUUUGACAUUCUAAGUAAGUGUCCAGAGCAAGAAUGGUCACAAUAAAGAACGUUUUGGCAGGCCUUCCUUAAACGGAUGGUGAAUAGGCUUGCUUGGCAGCCAACCUACAGCGUGCUACUUCAGGUGGCAGCGAUGAGCGAUGAACGCAUACGCGCAGUGAGCGUCACAGAUAGCACAACCCAUACAAAACGCGCAACAUUAAACACACCUCGUUGAGACCAAUGUCAAUCAAAAAAAGAUUC